GACUUUCGCGGAGCCAGCCAGCCAGUCUCUCUCGUCCGCUCGCCGCGAUCGGCAGUAAGAGCACCGGGACCCGCGCGUACAUACAUAUAUGUGUAUUUGUCAAUAUACUUGUAUGCACCACACAACAUCUGACGCACAUAAAUGUAUAAAUACUUGUAUGAAUCGGCGCUAAUUUCGCUGAUUCACCUGUAACCGAUCGUUUGCCGAUUUUUUUCAACCGAUCGCGCGUAUCGACACCUCAUGAUCGGCGGUUUUUCGUUUGUUUUGUUGUUGUUUUCAACGGCCGAUGUCAAGUCGAGAGACCCCCGUGCCGAUUUUCCGUGACAGCUCGACUCCCCCCGCGAGUGUCAUCUGAUUGCGCGUGGGUCGACCUCAGCCUCGGGUGUGUACGAUUUUCGCCCCGAAGCCCGCGGUUCCCUUGACGAUUUUUCACUCCGAACCUACUUGGCAAAAGCCCGCGAGCGCGCGCGCGUGUACUUAUAUACUGGUGCGCGUUGUUUUUUUCAUCGUCAAUGUGCUUAUUGUGCGUAUCCACUGUGAUUUUGUAAAAUCGUUAAACAACAACGGACCACGACCACCACCACCACUACCAUUACCGUGUAGAAGAAAAUAGUGCGCGGUGGGGAAAAACCUCGAGUGAUAAGCCGAGCUGCAGCCCCGUAUACACAUACAGGGGAAAGAAGAAGAGGAGAAGGAGCAAAAGGAAAAAUCGGAUAAGAUACACGUCCGCGGACAGCUGAGAGCGCGUAUACGUGUGUAUAUAGGUACAUGUGCGAGAGCGCUCGGCCGAUCAGCUGGUGCAGCGGCUCUUCUCUUCUCCCCUUCGUGUGCAAGGUGCAAAAGAGACUGCGGUCGGUACACGAGUAGGGAGAGUAACAGAGGGAGAUAGAGAGAGGACAUUGACCUCCCUCGGGCGAAUAUACGGGUGCACGUGUGCGGCAGAGAGUGAAGGUCGUCCCGAAGAGGGGGGAAAAGAGGACGAUUUGCGAGGAUGUCGUCGAGUGGCUGGUGGAGGCUUGGGUUGCUCGUGUUGCUCUGCUGGACCGGUCGCGAGCACCGGGUGCACGGGUUUUCCGUUCAGCGAGCCAGGAGGGCGCCGGUGGACGCGGACACCAAGUGCGAUGUGACGAGGUACUUGCCGGGUAACGCCACCAGACGGCACGACGACGUUGACGCGCCGCUAAGGGGAUCAAUUUGCAACGGCCGGUGCUGCGACAGGGACACGGAGGAACAGCUGCGCCAGCAAGCCAAGGAGGACUUCCACAGCCAGAUCCACGAUCACAGCGUGAGCCUCCUUGGUCUCUUGGCAACCACCGCCGAUACCCUCAGGGAAACGGUAACGGUGUUGGCCCGCCAGUCGGAGAACAAGACGCUGACGCUGUUCAACCAGGUGUACCGUGCAAUGGCGGCCCAGAGCAAGCCCUCGAUAACGAGCUUGUACCAAGCGAUGGUGGACUACGUGUCGCCGGCCAACACGGCCGAGAGCUUGCAGCAGCCGUUGAGCCAAGAGCAGCUGCACGAGCGCUUCGCCGAUUUUUUCACCAAGUUGUUCCCGAUCGCCUACCACCGGGCGGUCAAUCCCACCCAGGCCCACCAGGACUUCACCGAGAGCUUCAAGAGCUGCCUGUACAGGACCAUGGACGAGAUCGAGCCGUUUGGCGACGUGCCCAAGCAGAUCGGCCACUCGCUCGGCAAGAGCCUCGAGGCCACGAGGGUCCUCAUACAGGCGCUCACGCUCGGCAAGAGCGUGCUCGAGAAGACGGACGGACUCGUCGUCUCGGGCACCAGUGGCCAGCAGGACGCCUGUUACAAGGCUCUGCUCCGGAUGAUCCACUGUCCCAAGUGCAGGGCCGUGCCAAGCGAAGUCAAGCCGUGUCGAGGAUUCUGCACCAACGUCAUGAGGGGAUGCCUGACGGAGCCCGUCUCCGAGCUGGACUUUGCUUGGUCGGAGUACGUCGAAACGGUCGAGCGACUGGUAGUUGCCGUGGACGGCCACAACGAUCACAACGACCCUCUGGCCCUGAACGUCGAGAGGGCGGUCAGACAUCUGGACAGCCGUAUUUCGGACGCCGUGAUGCACGCCAUGGAAAAAGGCCCGGCACUCGAGGAGAAGGUGCGCCAAAUCUGCGGGAGACCGGAGCUCGAGCCAACGGCGAUUCUGGGCCCCCAACUGGCCGUGCCGGCGACGCGUCCGAGCGGCAUCGGCGGACCGCUUCUGGGCCUCGACGGCCGCAGCCUCGGACCCGUGUACACGCCCCCCGUCACCCCAAGAACCACCAACACCCUCGACGCCCAGCUCGGGGACUUUUUGGCCAGCGCGUCCAGACUGAGGUCGUUCUACGGCACCCUCAGCGAGACCAUCUGCGAGGAGUAUCCCUCCAAGAGCUGCUGGAACGGCGAGCGAGUCGGAGAGUACGCCAAAACAGUGGUAGACUCGAGCUUGAUCUCGCAACGUUACAACCCUGAAUUCACCUUCCAAGCCGGUGGCCCCGGCGCGGGUAACAAGGGCUACCCCAGCGCCAACACCAGCGUCCUCAUCGACCAGCUACGACACAUCAGCCAGCUGGUGCAAGCCCAAACGAUGUCAGCCCCGGAUCCAGGAGUCCUGCUAGCCGACGAGGCACUCGAGGGCUCGGGCAGUGGUGACCGGCCGCUCUACGGUAGACGGCCCGACGACGACGAGGACGCCGAGGACGCCGAGGACGACGACCGCGACGACGGCGAGGCCUCGGGCUCCGGCUCCGGACCGUCCAUCAUCGACCAAAUAACCCCCGACACAGGCGAGAUAGAGUCCAAGGGUGCUGGCUCGCGACUCGGCCUCAACCUCGGCUUGGCCGUUCUCACGCUCGUCUUGGCCCUCGCGGCCGAUGUCUAACCGAGAGGAUGUCACUACUCGCACCGCGGGAUCCAUCAUUAGAUAUGAGACACGGCGUGUGUAUACCCACACGCGAAGGAAAUGACCAAUCAAUUGGCACUGUGUCGUUUGCAAGAGCACACGGGCUGGUGGUGGAGGGAGUCGAGAGAAAAUCCCCAAGUGGAGGAAACGAUGAAAAA